CCUUCGACGAUGAAGCGUGUUAACUACGAUACUUCGAACUUGAAGGAAACAAUAUUCCAUUCGUCGAACUUUUUCAAAGACGCAAAAGAGACACAUGCAUUGAACGAUCAAUGGAUGCGCGUUGACGAAUGGGGAGGACCAGUGGAUUUUGAAACUGAUGAAGAGUUAACACCUUCGAUGAUGAAACGUGUUGACUACAAUACUUUAAGCUUGAAUAAAACAAUAUUCUGCACGUCGAACAUUUUCAAAGACACAGAGAUGCUUCCUAUGAACAAGCAAUGGAAGUGUCUCAAGGAAGAAUGGGGAGAACCAAUGGAUCUCGAUACAGAUGAGGACAUAACACCUUCAACGAGGAAACGUGUUAACUGCGAUAAUACGGACUUGAAAGAGACGACAUUCAACUCGUCGUACAUUUUCAAAGACCCAAACGAGAAAACUCGGGAAAAAGGACGCCACAGAAUGUACCAAGGGUACGUCGCCGGAGAAGUGCUGUCUGCUGGAAUAGUUGAAAAUAUAUGCGAAGAGAUUGAUGAAAUCUUCAAGACUGCAGAUAUACUCAGUUUUAAUACAAGCACGAUUAGUAAAAUGAAAACGAACACGAAACCGACCACAAAGCAAAAUGCCAUCGCUGAAAUUGUUGAAUGCAGUAUACUCGGUCCGCUGCGUAGACCGACCGCGCGAUCGAGCCGCGCGCGUACCUAUCUCAUAGAUGUGCGCCGCGCCGCCCGCUGCCACGCGCCGUGGCCGCCGGUGUCGCAAGCAGGGGAUUGA